UACUUCCAGCGCGUAUUGUCAGCCCGUACCAGCAGACAGGCCCAGGUGCUCUCCUUCGCUGGUUCACUCGGCUGUAUCGUCAUGGCUAUACCUGCCUGCAUCAUCGGGGCCAUCGCUAAGGGCACAGACUGGGAGCAAACCGGGUACACCAAAGACAUCACGGCAGAGGACCAGAAGAAACUUGUGUUACCGCUUGUAAUGCAAUACCUCACCCCAAAGUGGGUCGCCUUCCUGGGUCUGGGUGCCGUCAGCGCUGCCGUGAUGUCCUCGGCUGACUCCUCGGUGCUCUCCGCCUCGUCCAUGUUCGCCAAUAACAUCUACAAGAACGUGUUCCGACGAAAUGCCAGCGAGAAGGAGGUGUUAUGGGUGAUGCGUGUGUCCGUCAUCGUGGUUGCCGUCUGCGCCUCCGCCAUCGCCAUCCAAGGGAACUCCAUCUACCAGCUCUUCUACCUGUGCGGCGACCUCGUGUUCGUGAUGCUCUUCCCUCAACUCACCUGCGCCGUGCACUUUCCGGACCGCGUCAACACCUACGGGUCCAUCACCGCCUACGUGCUCGGCUUCUUGCUCAGAAUACUUGGUGGAGAGAAGGUCCUGGGCAUACCCGCCGUGAUUAAGUACCCUUUGUACAUCGACGGGGUCCAGUACUUCCCCUUCAGAACACUCUCCAUGGCUGUGACCUUCGUGACGCUGCUCCUCGCGUCUUGGCUAACCCGCCGCCUCUACGAGAUGGGCCGCCUGCCUGACCCUCUCGACGUGUUCGCGGCCCGCAGCAUGGAGGUUACGGCGCUACCCAAGAAGUCUCGCGUCGGCCACUCCCAGGACGGCAUCGAUAACCCGGCGCUGGACGAGACUAACGGGCGUGUGAGACAGAUGGAAAUGGAGAAAUUUUAGAAGUGUGACAGCCUGAUAAAGAGAGACAAAAGGAUAGAAUGUAGAAGAAACUUAUGGAACGGGAAAAGUUUUAGAAUCGUAAGAGUUUAAGGAAGGAGGGAGGUGAAGGAUACAAAGAAGGAGAAACUGAUAAAGAGGGAGAAGUUUUAGAAGCGUGAAUGGCUGGUGAAGAGAGAGAGAGAGAGAGAGAGAGAGAGAGAGAAAGGAUGGGAAGAAGGAAAGGAAAAAGAAGAAGAAAGGAAGAAAGGGAGAUAGAUGAAGGAUAGGAAGGUGAGAAGACCAAUGAAGAAGAAACAGUUUUAGAAAUGUGAAAGGAUGAUGAAAGGAGAGACAAGAAAGGAUGGGAUGAAGGAGGGGAAACUGAUGAAAAUGAAGAAGGUUUCGAAGCGUGAGAGGUUAAUGAAAAGAGGUGAAAGAUGGGAAGGAGAAGAGAAGAACUAAUGGAGAUGAAGUUGUAGAAGUGUGAAAGGAGAAAAGUAAAGAACAUGGGAAGAUGAGAGAAAAGAGGUGAAGGGCGGAGAAAAUGAAGGGGAAGAGAUGAAGGAAGGAUUUUAAGAUUGAUGAAGAGAAAGAGAGAGUAUUAGAGCUGUGGAAGGUUGAGAUUGAGAGAGAUAGAGAGUGAUAGAGUCUCAGUGAUAGAGAUAGGAUUUUUUUUAAGCGAUAUUGAAGUUGAGAGAAGGAUAGAUGUAUGGGUUGUAGUGGGUUGUUGAGACUUUGGGGUUUUAUAUACGGGAAGGGAGGGUUGGGGGGAGAAACUUAUAUGUAGAAAGAAGAGUUAAAAGUAUGGAGAAUUAAAUAGAGCGAUAAUUAUGUAUGUGUGCGUGUGUUUGUGAGUGUGUUCGGUCAGUGUUUGUUUACUUACCUCAUGGAGUUGAUGAUUAUAUACGAGUUGGUUGUGAGGAAUGAAUCGCCUGAAUGUAUUGAUAUAGAGAGUUUAUUAAGUGCAGAAUAAAACAGGGACACAUUUUAUGAUUAGAUGAUGUGUAUAUAUGUGUAAUUUUCAUAUACUCAGCUUUCCAUGUCAUAGAGAAUUAUUGAUAUUUUACCAUUUUUUUUAUAAUUUAGGAUAUAAUUGAGAUGAAUGUUACUAGAGUAUUGAAUUAAGUCCAUGGUUUAUUUAUAUGUUUCAAUCUUUCAGUCAUUUUCCGCAGAGUUUUAGUAUUUUUAUUUUUUCUUUAUUUAUUUUCCUUUAUUUCAUUGUCUAAUUUACUGUAGGAUGUGAGCUCUUUUAUAUAUUCUUUCAUGAUUCAACACUUCUUUUUACUAAUUCUCCUUUAUUUUCUCUUUUUUUUUCUAUUUACAUUCACUUCAAUUUCAAGAUGUAUUUUUAUUCAUGUGUAAUUGUGUACGAGAGAAAUGAUAUUUUUACCUCAAUACAUCUAUGUUUAUACUUCUUUUUUAUUUCAUUUUUACAUUCACUUAUCGAUAUAUCACAAAAAAGUAUUAGAUUUUUUUUUUCUCCCAUCUCUAUAUUUUUACCUGUUUCUGUGAUUUUUUUUUUUUUCGUGUGUGUGUAUGUGUGUUCAUCUUUCUCUGUCUCUCAUUCAUCUUUCUUUCUCUCUCAUUCAUCUUUCUUUCUCUCAUUCAUCUUUCUAUUUCUCUCAUUUAUCUUUCUCUCACUCACCUUUCAUUCGUCUUUUUCUUCCUCUUCUUAUUCUUCUUUUUCUUUCGUUCAUUCGUCUUUCUCUUUCUCUCAUUCAUCUUUCUUUUUCUCUCAUUCAUCUUUCUUUCACUCAUCUUUCUCUUUCUCUCAUUCAUCUUUUUCUUCCUCUUCUUAUUCUUCUUUCUCUUUCUCUCACUCGUCUUUCUCUUUCUCUCAUUCAUCUUUCUCUUCCUCUUCUUAUUCUUCUUUCUCUUUCUCUCAUUCCUCUUUCUUUUUCUCUCAUUCAUCUUUCUCUUUCUAUCCGUACUCAUCUUUAUCUAUCCGCGUCUGAGUUUAUCUGCCAAUCUGUCUGUCUCUUUGUCUGACCGUGUCUCUCAUCACAACUCGGAGGAUCACACGGCGUGGGUCCUUCCGCCCCUCCGAAUUUAUGUGUUGUCAGAUUAAUGGCUUCGUGUCGAGGGAGAGGAACGGGGCAGGUGAAGUUGUGAAAGGGGAACAGGUAAGGACAGGUAGAGGUGAUUGAUAGAGGUGGAGAUUAUGUAGCUAUGUUGAAGUUGAGAGGAAUAGAGAUGGGGUAUGGUAGGGUAAGGAAGACCAGGUAAGGAUAGGUAAAGGUAGAUUAGAUAAGGUAAGAUCAGGGAGAGAGAGAGAGAGAGAGAGAGAGAGAGAGAGAGAGAGAGAGAGAGAGAGAGAGAGAGAGAGAGAGAGAGAGGCAAGGGAAGGGAAGGGAAAGUGUUCGUCUCUCAAGAAAACAAUGACGAACAAAAACAAGAAAACGAGUUACCUUAAAGAAAAUAAUAAGUAACAGGUACUGAGGUGAAUGUACAUAUGUCAGAUGUGAUGUUACUUAAGGUAUGACCAGGUGUGAAGAGGCAGAUAAAUAGGUGUUUACAGGUAUCACAGGUGUGCCGUGAAGGUAAGACGGACAGGUGUGUGGGUAGGAAAAGGUUGCCCAGGUGUAUGUAGGGCUGCCUCAGCUUACCUCAGUACUUACCUGUCUCUCACCCCUGACAUUAAAGCAUGAAUAGAAACGUUUAAUUUGUAUUUCGUAAUUAUGUUUUACUCUAUUAACUGAGGGGGGAAUUCAGUGAUUAUCAUUUUUAUCUUUUAUCGUUUCUACGUCAUUUCACUUAAUUUCACAAGUGCAUGUUGAAAU